AUGGCCAACGAUUUGUGGUCAUGUUACUGUUGUACCGAAGCCCUGACAUGUUGGCUGCGCCUGAAACUCUCACCUGAGGAGAUAGAACAGCGAUACCGAAGUAAAGAGAUUGACAGAAUAUUGGAGAAGGACAAACAGACUUUACGGCGACAGGUCAAACUUUUGUUACUUGGUGCAGGUGAAAGCGGAAAAUCAACAUUCCUGAAACAGAUGAGGAUAAUACAUAGAGUGAAGUUUGAGCCGGAACUCGUACGCGAGUACCAACAUGUGAUUUAUCAGAACAUAGUGAAGGGUAUUCAAGUGUUAGUGGACGCGCGUGACAAACUUGCGAUCCCGUGGGAAAAUCCGAGGAAUCUGGACAUUGGUCAGCAAGCGUUGCACUUCAACAGCAGUGCGUCACUUGACAGCCUGCUGUUCAUGCAUUAUGCGCCACACAUACACUCCUUGUGGUUAGACAGGGCUAUAAAAAGGGCGUAUGACAGGCGGAGAGAAUUUCAACUGAGUGACUCAGUGAGCUAUUUCUUCGGUGAGUUGGAGCGCAUAGCGAGGCCCGACUACGUCCCCUCCCACCAAGACAUCCUGCACUGUCGGAAGGCGACCAAAGGCAUCACGGAAUGCACGAUAAACAUAAACAACGUACCCUUCGUGUUCGUCGACGUCGGCGGUCAGCGGACGCAGAGACAGAAAUGGACGCAGUGCUUCGACUCCGUCACGUCCAUACUGUUCCUCGUGUCGUCGUCGGAGUUCGAUCAGGUGCUGUCAGAAGACAGGAAAACGAACCGGCUCGCCGAAGCGUUGAAUAUAUUCGACACGAUAGUCAACAACGUCAACUUCAAGGGCAUCUCCAUCAUUCUGUUCCUCAACAAGUCCGAUUUGCUGGCGAAGAAGGUCGCCAGCAAGGAGACCGACAUACGCUGGUACUACCCGCAGUUCACAGGCGACCCUCACAACCUGCAGGACGUCCAGAUGUUCAUACUCAACAUGUUCGCCAACGUCCGGCGGGAGCCGAAGACAACCCUCUACCACCACUUCACCACCGCCAUAGACACGCACAACAUUGAAGUUGUUUUCAACUCCGUCAAGGACACGAUCCUCAACCGUAACCUCGAAUCGUUGAUGUUACAGUAA